AGAUUCCGAACAAUACUUAAGUCACUUAAAUUCACAUAGUGGUAGGGGGGUUCGCGUCAUUUUUAUGUCAUCAAAUAAAUCUUUCAAUAUUAAGAAUUCAUAUUCUGUUCUGUGUAUCAUUCUUUGGUUUUCUUUAUUAUCAUUAGUCUAGGUCGAGAAUUUUCGUAAUAACAAAUGGAAGGGAAUGUUUUGAUGAUGAUCUGUCGUCAUAUGUGAAGAAUCUGAUUUUAAAUUUCAGGUUGACGAGCAUUGCUAGCCUGCAAUGACUACAGCUGCAAGACCGACCUUUGAGCCAGCCCGCGGCGGGCAGGGCAGAGGGGAGAAAGAUCUCAGUGCUAUUUCCCGGCAGUACUCCAGCAGAGACUUGCCGUCUCACACGAAACUGAAAUACAGAGAACAUGGACAAGGCAACACUGAUGAUCUUCGAUCACGUGAUUUCCGCAAGGAACUCGAAGACAGAGAGAGGGAGAAGGACAAGACUAGCUCUCGAGACAGAAGGACCACCGAUUCUCGCGACAGCAGUUCCCACAAGCGCCCCAAGCUGGAUCAAGUCCCGGCGGCCAGCCUGGAUGCGGACGACCCUCUGGACGAUGACGACUCGGACGAUGCGGACAGCGAUGACGACACGGCGGAGCUGCUGGCCGAGCUGCAGCGCAUCAAGAAGGAGCGUGCCUUGGAGCAAGCCAAGAAGGAAACUGAGAAGCGACAAGAAGAAGAGAGAAUACGAAUGGAAAACAUUCUAAGUGGCAAUCCACUGUUGAACUUAUCAGCUCAAGUGCCAAAAACUGAUCUGAAGGUGAAACGACGGUGGGAUGACGAUGUGGUUUUCAAGAACUGUGCCCGUUCAGAACCAGAGAAGAAAAAGGACCAGUUUAUUAAUGAUUCCCUGCGUUCAGAAUUCCAUAGGAAAUUCAUGGAGAAAUAUGUGAAGUGAAUUUGGAGAUUCUCUCUGGUAUUUCAUGUUCCCAUUGCUUUCAGUUGUCUGCUCAAAGGAACUGUAAACGUGACUGAGCUGUACGACACACCCAGUGUUAUUUCUUUGUGUUUACUGAACCAUACAUUUUUGUUAUGUAGCAUUAAGGAUAUUAUAUUGGGCUCUUAAAUUAUAGGAAAAUAUAUUAAUUUUGUAUUUUUUCCUCCUGUAUACUUGAAUAAACAUUAUAACCCUUUAUGUACACAGGUUUUAGAUUAAUGGACAUAGUUUACUGACAUUUUGUUCAGAUAUGUUUUUAUUAGUUUUGCUCAUAUUUUAAUUUAUAAGCUCUGUACAUCUUGAUAUAACACGACAGAAUGAAAAAGAACCUGUGUAGAUCCCACUGUUGCCGGGUAGUCAUGUGACGAGCGAGUCAGAAAGUGAAGGGGGUCAGUCGAACAGCUGCCUGUAAGCUGAGAACAUCGGUCACGUGUGAUCCGAGUUACACGAUCCAAUUUAUGGAUCUGCAUCUAUGUCUGAAUUUAAAUUACUUGUAAAAUCAGUUACACCACUGCGGGGCAAGCAGGGAGAUGUAGUCUACAAUUCUGCGAGACAUUUCAGUGAAAUUUUGAUGUACGAUGUCACUGAAACAACUAAUGCUGCAACAGGUGUUUCAAUACCAACAAGAGAACAAACUUGGAUGAAGGGAAAUGGAAAGGUAAACAGCAAAACCAUUCUGAUUAUUUGACUCCAUCAGGUAAAAUAAACAGAGCACAGGAAAGGAAUUAAAGUUUACUGAGAACAAUCAUCUAGCAUUUUUGUCCAAAAGAAUUAGGCCCAACAUUAAAAAAGUUAAAUAAGGCUUUCCAAGAAGACAGAGAUUUAAAUUACAGAGAAAUACUUGAGAAUUUUGUUGCUAGGUUUUCUCCAGGAAAAAUGUUAAAUGGAAGAAAAAUACUUUGGUUGAAUAGCUUGGACUAACUAUUUAUAGAGGGUGCUAACUCGAAAAAAUACAUGAAUUUUGUAAGACUGGAGGAACCUUAGUUAUUGUUAACACACAGCGUAAUUUGUCAGCACUCAAGUACGGAAAUUGGUGUCCUAAAAUCCAUCGGGAAACUUGCACAAAUAAUUUCUGUGCAUGCAUAUGAAGACCUUUUCCAUAUAAUUUUUGUAGCUGACUUAACCAAACUUUCACUUUAGUAGUAUUAUAUGUCUUUUUUUCCAGAAGUUGUUACAUGACAUGAAAAAUGCUUUUUAGUGGGAUUCUAAUUAUCAUUCUUACUAUUUGAAUUUUAUAUUCAUAUUUGCAAAUAAUUUGGUAUUCAUAUUCAAUUCGAACUAAAAAAAAAAGUAAAAAACCUUUUAUCCACACAAGUGUAAUGAAUACUAAAGCACUUUGGUAAAAUAUUGUUGCAGUUAUUAUUUUUGCUAUGUUGUAAAUUAAACUUUGUUCAUAACAGUUUCUUCAGCCAUGCUUUUGUAAGGGCCUUUGAAUUUGUGCCUAUCUGAAAUAAGUUUGUGUAUUUGUGAGUUAAUAAAUUGAAUCACAUAUACACACAACUUCACAGGAUGUAAUAUUGUUUGGACAGCUAUUUAAAAAGCUGGAACUUGAGAUUAGGUUACCACACAAAUGAUAGGAGAGAAAGGUGCAGUUCGAGUCCGCUGUAGAUUUUUCGUAAAAAUUUAUGUAUAAAAUCAUAACAAAUGUUUCAUAUUAAUGUGUGAUUUAACUAUCCAUCUCUUUAAUACAGUGGUUACACAGAGUACACAGAUAAAUCACAACUUCAUGUAGAAAGGGUGUAUGAUAGCUAAAGUAACACACGUACACCUCACACUUUCACAUUCGCUGAGGUCUGGACUUUUUAGCCUUUUUGGAUUCCUUUUGAUGCAAUCUUUUCUCUGACUUGUGUUUUCUAUAAUUCCGGGCAUAUUUACGAGUGAUAUGAGGCAUUUUAAAUUAUGUUAUAUUUUUCAUUUUAAUACCGAUUUUCACUUAUAUUCCGGUGAAUAUUUUUAUUGUCUCACUUUGGGUCCUAUUGGUGUUCCGCAAGUUUUUUCCAAUGACACCCAAAUCAAUGUUCCAGCUAAACACGUUUACAUUCUAUACCAUUUUAAAACUUUACACAAAGCCAAUUCAUAACAAUCAUUGGUACGAUGAUGUCACAGGCAAAACAAUACUGUGUUACAGACUGUUCAGACAUGAUCUCUCCGUUGUGGGCUCAACCAUUGUUGACGCAUUAUUAGUGUCGUAGUUAUUAGCGAUUCAAAUCUGACUGUAUUUUGUCACACAAAGUAACUGUAACGAGCGAAUAGACAUUGUCACUUCAAAAUAAAUUCCUGAGUUACUACAUUGCUGCUCAUGUAUGAAUGACUCAAGUGCAGUGGUUUGUUUCCACCCCUCUCCCAGCUCACCACGAGAGGGAAAGGUAGUGGAUGAGCAUGGAGAGAACCGAGAAUAAUACUGUACGCUCACCAGAGUGCAGAUGAACUGCUGUCAAGGAUUGUAUAAAGAUGUGUGUUUUUUUUUAAGUGCUAUACCUUGUGAAUAAUAUGGAAAUUACACGUUUAGGUAGUUAAUGUUGGCAGUGUGAGUUAACAUAAAGUUAAUAUCAUUUGCCUUCUGGAUCAUAAAAAGGUAUAUUUGCAUAACCAAAAUUACUGCUGAAGAGCUGUUGUUUGCUCACUGGGUUAACUUUUUUUAAUAGUUAUUAUCAAAACAAUGUAAUGUUCAGAGAUAAAUGCAUGAAAAUAAUGUUUAAAAGAAGCAGACUUGAAAUUAUUAAUGUAUAUAGUUUAUUUUUGUAUUGUAUUAAUAAAUAAUUAGGCUAGAACUAAUUUUUAAACUUUUACUUAUCUUAUCACUUACACAGUUUUCCAUUAAUGUGUAACUAUUUUAGAUAAGAAGUUAUUCUUCAUUAAUUUGAAGAUACUGUGAAACGUAUAGUCAUUUUAAUGUAUGUAUGUACAGAAAUAGGAUUUUAAUACUCAUAAGUUUUGGAACAACUUUGCCGCAAUAAUUAUUACCUAGUUGUUUAGUAAUUAGUGUUUAGCUAUAGUUUGUUGCUUUUGCUGUUAAUAUCCUCCCAGUGGUAUGCAUCUGUUGCUUUUAAAGUAAUGUUGCCAAACAUAGACCUAACAAUUUUUCAAGUAGUGGGGAACAUUUUUGACACUAUAUUUCCAAGAAAUCAUAUUUUGUAGUAUUAAAGAAGUGAUUUAAGGAAAGUCAGUCUCUCUGGAUAAGACAGUUGAUGCCUUGUGUAAUUGAUCAAUUGUAUUGUGUAAAAAUAAACCCCUGUAAUAUACGUGUGUGUGUGCACACACACUUGCACAUGAUACAAUUAAAAAUAAAUAUAUUCUGAUUCUUU